AUGUCUUCCAAUAAAAGCGCCAUGGCGCAUACAACUGUGCCCUCUGAAGGCGUCUCUGACCCAGGCGCCGUAGCUGCCAUUCCCCAGCAUCACAAACAAGACGGGAAGCGUGCCAAGAAGCCACCCAGCGUUGUGUCUGCGUUGUCUGGGGCCAUCUCCGGCUCCCUUAUCAGCGCAUGCGUCCAGCCUCUCGACGUUGUUCGUACGAAGAUGCAGGCUGACGCGGCGCGGGGAGUCGUGCGGGGCACGCUGGCGACGGCGCGCGUGGUGCUUUCUGAGCAGGGCCUGCGGGGCUUCUGGGCAGGCACGGGUCCCAGUGUCAUCCGGGUGGGGCUGGGAGCCGGCAUGCACUUCGUGCUGCUGGAGCAGAUCCGGUGGCUGCUCUCCGCCCCCGGGGUGGAUGGCAACUUGCAGCUCAGCAACGUGGGGGCAGCCAUGUCCGGAGGCAUAUCUCGCGCGAUCGCAGCAGUGCUGCUGUGCCCGGUGACUGUCGUGAAGACACGCAUGGAGUACGUCGCUGACGUGGCGAGACCCGGGGCGGGGGCUGCGGCGAUGGCGGCCGGGGCGGGAGCCGGGGAGGCGGCCACGGCGAGCGCAGCGAGGGCGGCGGCGGGCGCUUCGGCAUCGACAUCGGGGGCAGCAGCAACAGGGGCGGCGCCGUACGGCGGCGCUGCCGUACCACGGUACCGGGACACGUUCCAUGCAAUGUCUACGAUUGUGCGAACAGAGGGCGUGAGGGGCUUGUUUCGCGGUUUGUGGCCCACAGUGCUCACGAAUGCGCCGUACUCGGGUUUGUACUACAUGUUCUACACCCGGCUCAAGGAGGGUUUCUCCAGGGAGGACCGCCCCCAGGUGCUGGUCAACUUCGCCAGCGGUGUGGUGGCGGCCGUGGCGGCAACACUGCUGACGCAGCCAGCGGAUGUCGUACGGACACGCAUGCAACUGGGGCUAGGAGGCGCGGCCGCCACCGCCGCCGCCGCCACGACGGCGACGGCGACGGCGACGGGUUCAGGACUCACGGCCGCAGCAAGGUUGGGGGCGUGGGCCACUUUACAUGAGGCGUUACGGCAGCAGGGACCGGCGGCGUUGAUGACAGGUGCGGCCCCCCGCAUCCUGAAGCGCACCACCCAGACCGCCCUGGUGUGGACCUUGUACGAGGAGCUGGUGCCCAGGAUAUCGCAAUUGGGGUAUGCGGCCAAGGAGGCGUGGGAGCAGAGGGCGGCCGCGUUGACGAAAACUGGCUCCGGAACCACGAACACACCAGCGACGACGACGACGACGGCGGCGGCAACCGUGUCAACCAGCAAGCGACAAGAAGAUUUGUAG